AUGGAGAGAGAGAUUUGUAGGAGACAUCUUUCAAGAGAAGGGACAGGAUGUGUUUGGGUGUUUAUGAACAUGUUUGAUUUCAGACAUGGUGGAUCUAACCAGAAGCUGUUGAUGGACAAGAAACGUGGAAGCAAAAGAAUCAUAGGUAUUGAGGCUAAUAAGGUUGAGAAGCAGCUUACUUGUGACUGUGAGGAGAGUGAAGGUGGAAUUCAGAGUGUGAAGAAGCUCAUUGAAGAGGAGAUUGAUGACAAGAGUCGGCAGAAGUGUGAUUUUGAAUGCAGAGGAAAGACAAAGGCCAAAACCAGCAAGAGGAGAAGCAGAACCAGUGAGGAUCUCAAUAUUUUGAGUGCUGGUGGUGAUGAUGAUCAUGCAGAGAAAACAGUUGAUCAGUGUCCAAGAACUUCUCAUGAUUCGAACAAUGAUGAUGAUGAUUCCGAAGAGAAGUUCAGCGAGUUGAUAAAGCGUUUGAUAGCUCAAAAAGACAGCGAGACAUUUCAGGUCUUGGAUUCUAAAGAAGAAUCAUUCCUGACUAGUGAUGAGCCAAUCUCUCAGAGAAUCAAAGAGACAAGCUCUUCAAAUGAAAAAUGUACAAUUGUAAUUUUGAAGCCAGAACCAAAUAGCUUGAAUGUUGGCUCAUCACAUGGAUACAAGGCCAAAAACAGGAGAUUCGGUUCUCGCUUUAUUCUCAGUAGACUCAGAAGAAGACUAAUUGGAAAGAAACCCUGCAAUACUCAACAAGAUCCUGAUCCAGAUCCAGAUGCAUUGUCUUCUCACAAGAAUCAAAACUGUUGUUUGGGACAAGAAAUGGAGACUAAUUCCGGGAGGCAUGUUUCAGAGGGUAAUAAAGAAGAAGAGACAAUCCAUGAUGGAAGUGAAGAUUCAAAGAAGAGUGUGUGUGGUAUAUACGUAACAGCCAAGAAACAUCUGUCUGAGAUGCUUGCAGAAGGAGACAUGUGUGUGGAGGUGCCGGAUAAGGAAGUGCCAAGAAUCCUCGGCAAGAUUCUUGCUCUCCCUGAGUUCUCCACACCAGUAACUAGUCCAAGAUUGACCUUUCCGCAAGAUUCUGUUGGUGAUAAACAGAUAACUGAGGAAUCAAAUACUCAGCAAUGCAGCACAGAAGAUUACCCUGUGUCUGAGACACUUGGGAUAGACUCAAACAAACAUGAAGAAACAGAGUUUACCAGCGACAUGCCAGUUCCAGAAGACAAUGGGAAGGAAGAGAAGAUUUUCUUGGAUUCCUUGUCUGAAGCAAUUAGCUUUUCCAUUAUUCAACAAGAUGCAUGUGUUGUUGAUGAAGAUAAGUUUGAAGUUGGUGAUAAAGAUGAGCAAAAACAACAACCCUUGGAAAAGGCAACAUUUGAUGAGAGGAAUUCACCAUGUUCUCCACCAAAUUCUUCAGUAAGAAUGUCUGAGUGCCAAGAAAAUGCCACUGAUUUUCCAGGAAAGUCAAGUCCUGUGUCUGUUCUUGAGCCUCUCUUUACAGAUGAUGACAUGAGUCCAGAUAGCUGCACCAGGUUCUCUUCAGCCGAAAUGCGGAUGCAACCACUCUGCAUAAGAUUCGACGAACCUGAGUCUCCAAGACUCAACGAAGACAAUGAUGAUGUCAAAACAAGAAUGGAUGACAAGGAACUGGCACUUGCAUACAUUGAAGCCGUGGUGAAAUCUUCAGACUUGAACUGGGAAGAGCUUCUGUCAAGAUCUUUUUACUCCGAGAAGAUUCUUGAGCAGGCUCUAAUGGAUGACAUAGAUUUCUGCUCUACAAAAUUCUGCACCGACAAGAAACUCCUUUUUGACUGUAUCAAUGAAGUACUUAUGGAGUUAUGUGAUCAUGGCCCUUGGAUUUCAUUCGCCAAACCCGAACUCCGGUUUUGUCCGGACAUGGAAAAUGCUGCUGAAGUGGUGCAAGAAGAGGUUUAUUGGCAUCUCUUGCCUUUGCCUUCUCCUCACACGUUAGACCAGAUUGUCCACAAAGACUUUGCUAGGUCUGGAAUCUGGAUGGACCUCCGGUUCGAUAUCGGCUGCAUCGGUUCUGAAACAGGUGAAAUGAUUCUUGAUGAACUAUUAGAAGAGAUGAUCAGCAACUGCACAGACUUGUUCCAAGCUGAAACAGUUGACAAAACCACAAUGCACAAGCUGAUUCCUUGA